UUGUUGUUGUCUUUUUCUCUUUUUCACGUUUGGCGCUCAUUUGGAAAGCUUGGCCAUGAAAUUAUAUUGCAGUAGUCCCAUAUCCCUCAUCACGCGGUGGAAAUAGACCGUUAGAGAAAGUCUCGCAUCAUUCUGCCUCUAGCCUUCUUCUUUCUCUUCUGUCCUUUUCUCCUCCAAAUCUUUUGCCCAAUUUAGCAAUCUAAUCCAUAAGGAUUUCCAUUUCCUCUUCCCGUUCUUCUUUAGGUUUCCCGAUAAUAAGGAUAUCUGCUAGAACUCUACCUCAUAUCUUACUUUUUGAGCGAGACUGAGCACUUCGACGAGAAUGAGCAGUUCCCCGUCGAUAUCAUCGCCUUUUAGUCGGAGCAGGACGCGAUUAGGGAAAUAUGAAUUGGGUAAGACGUUAGGAGAGGGCAGUUUUGCAAAGGUUAAGUAUGCAAAGAAUGUACAGACCGGUGAUCAUGUUGCCAUCAAAAUUAUCAACCGCGAGCGCGUCCUCCGCCAGAACAUUAUGGAACAGAUUAAAAGAGAAAUAUCAACGAUGAAGUUGAUCAGACAUCCAAAUGUCGUAAGAAUCUUUGAGGUUAUGGCUAGCAAGACAAAGAUCUAUAUUAUCCUCGAGUAUGUUCAUGGAGGAGAGCUCUUUGAUGAAAUUGCUAGACAUGGCAGACUCAAAGAAGAUGAAGCUAGAAGAUACUUUCAACAGCUUAUUAAUGCCGUUGAUUAUUGCCAUAGUAGAGGCGUUUACCAUAGAGACUUGAAGCCUGAGAAUCUACUGCUAGAUUCAUUUGGUACUAUGAAAGUUUCAGACUUUGGAUUGAGUGCACUUUCCAAGCAAGUUCGAGACGAUGGACUACUUCAUACUGCUUGUGGCACACCAAACUAUGUUGCCCCUGAGGUUUUAACUGACAAAGGCUAUGAUGGUACAACAACUGAUGUCUGGUCCUUUGGAGUCAUUCUCUUUGUUCUAAUGGCUGGAUACUUGCCUUUUGAUGAACCAAAUCUAAAUUCUCUAUACCGAAAAAUCCUGAAGGCUAGUUUUUCACUUCCACCAUGGCUGUCCUCUAGCUCAAAGAAUCUGAUCAAGCGUAUUCUUGACCCGAAUCCAGUCACGGCAAGUCCCUUUAUCUUUGCUGUUUUACUUUCUGGAUCACUAUUCCAGAAAGAUUACAAGCCACCACAUUUUGAGAAAGAUGAUGUCAAUCUUGACGACAUUGAUGCCAUUUUCUAUGGCUCGGACGAUCAUCUCGUUACAGAAAGCAAGGAAAAACCUGCUUCUGUCAAUGCGUUCGAGCUCAUUUCAAGGUCAAAAAGUUUCAACCUAGAAAAUUUGUUUGAAAAACAGGCCCUUGUCAAGAAAGAAACGCAAUUUACGUCCAGGUCCUCUGCAAAUGAGAUUAUCUCCAAAAUUGAGGAAACUGCGAGACCACUGGGUUUCAGUGUUCAGAAGAAAAAUUACAAGAUGAAGUUACAAGGAGAUAGGACAGGAAGGAAAGGCCAACUUGCUGUGGCAACAGAGGUGUUUGAAGUGGCUCCCUCAUUGCAUUUGGUUGAGCUCCGGAAAACUGGUGGUGACACAUUAGAGUUUCACAAGUUUUACAAGAACUUCUCCUCUGGAUUAAAAGAUAUCGUAUGGACAACUGAACAAACAACCGAACAAACCACUGAAGGAAAAAGGUCUUAACAAGCGGCUGUUCCAGCCCUAGAAUCAAGCGAGAAUUCACAAGAUCAGAGAUACUUUGUAGAUGUAUCGCUAGUCCAUUGUUUCUGUCUAAAUAUUAUCCAUGUAUUCAGUACGAUAGCGAGAUCUUUUGACACCGUUUCCUCAAGAUGAUAUCAGGUCAGCACUCAAAGGGGAGCAAACGUCUCUGCAGUUUCAAUACACAUGAUCCCAUAAGAUCAUACUAACAAGAUUUCCAUUAUGCAAACACUACUGCUCUGGAUGAUAUGCAUUGUGAAAUGUUUGUCUAUUAUCAAUCCCAGCUUUUGUUUUUUUUUCCUUAUCUUAACUAACUUCCCCAUAUCAUGCUAGUAUCCCCUUCUCAAAUACACGUAAUGUUUUGUAGAAAGUUUUGUAUUUUUCUAUAUCCCAAGAUGUUCCUAAGAUUGUGUAAACAAAUGAGUCCUGGGUCAUUCAUCCAUUAUGGAUUAUUUGUAUAAAAGUUCUCUUUUCCCUUUGCGAUCC